CUCUAGGUAGACUCGUCCCCUGAAAGAUGGUGACCCUCUCCUGAGAAGCAGGACCUCUAGGGACGAGACCAGGCCUUCUCUGAGGAGAAUAUGAAAGUGUUACUCAGACUUGUUGGUUUGAUAGCUCUAUUGAUUUCUUCUCUAGGGGCUGAUAGAUGUGAGGAACGUGAAGGGAAAAUAAUUUUAUUUUCAUCUGCAAAUGAGCUUGAUGUUCGUUCCUGUCCUCUCAACCCAAAUGAAAGCAGAGGCACUAUCACUUGGUAUAAAAAUGAUAGCAAGACACCUGUAUCUACAGACCAAAACUCCAGGAUUCAUCAGUACAAAGACAGACUUUGGUUUGUUCCGGCUAAGGUAGAGGAUUCGGGACGUUACUAUUGUGUAGUAAGAAAUUCAUCUCACUGCCUCAAAAUUAACAUCACUGCAACAUUUGUGGAGAACGAGCCAAACUUGUGCUACAGUUCACAAGCUAUCUUUACACAGAGGCUACCCAUUGCAGGAGAUGGAGGACUUGUGUGCCCUUAUAUGGAAUUCUUUAAAGAUGAAAAUAAUGAGUUUCCCAAAAUUCAAUGGUAUAAGGAUUGUAAACCUCUACUUCUUGACAAUGUACACUUCAGUGGCGUCAUGAAUAAGCUCAUUGUGAUGAAUGUGGCUGAAGAGCACAGAGGAAACUAUACUUGUCAAGCAUCCUACGCAUACUUGGGAAAGCAAUAUCCGAUUACCCGGGCAAUAGAAUUUAUUACUGUAGAGGAAAAUAGGCCUGUGCGACCUGUGUUUGUAAGUCCAGCUAAUGAGACAAUGGAAGUCAACUUGGGAUCCCAUAUACAGCUGAUUUGUAAUGUUACUGGCCAGUUGAGUGAUGUUGUCUACUGGAAGUGGAAUGGGUCAGUAAUUGAUGAAGAUGAUCCAGUGCUGGUGGAAGACUAUGAUUCUGUGGAAAAUCCUGCCAACAAAAGAAGGAGUACACUCAUCACAGUGCUUAAUAUCACAGAAGUCAAAAGUAGAUUUUAUCUGUAUCCAUUCAUCUGCUUAGCCAAGAGUACAGCUGCCAAAAGUGAAGCAUAUGUACAAUUAAUACAUCCAAUACCCAAUUUCCAGAACCACGUGAUUGGUGCAUUUCUCACGUUAGCAGUUGUAAUUACAUGCUCUGUUUUCAUUUAUAAAAUCUUCAAGGUUGACAUUGUACUUUGGUACAGGGAUUCCUGUUAUGGUUUUUACUCUCCCAAAGCUUCAGACGGAAAGACCUAUGAUGCAUAUAUACUAUAUCCAAAGGCCCUUGGGGAAGGGUCCACCUCUAACUCAGAUAUUUUUGUGUUUAAAGUCUUGCCCGAGGUCUUGGAAAAACAGUGUGGAUAUAAGCUGUUCAUUUAUGGAAGGGAUGACUAUGUUGGAGAGGACAUUGUUGAGGUCACUAAUGAAAACAUAAAGAAAAGCAGAACGCUAAUUAUCAUUUUAGUCAGAGGAACAUCAGACUUCGACUGGCUGGGUAGUUCAUCUGAAGAGCAAAUAGCGAUGUAUAAUGCUCUCAUUCAGGAUGGAAUUAAAGUUGUCCUGCUUGAGUUGGAGAAAAUCCAAGACUAUGAGAAAAUGCCAGAAUCCAUUAAGUUCAUUAAACAGAAACAUGGGGCCAUCCGCUGGCCGGGGGACAUUACAGCCGGACCGCAGUCUGCAAAAACAAGGUUUUGGAAGAACGUCAGGUACCACAUGCCAGUCCAGCGACAGUUACCGCCAUCCAAACACCAGUUAAUGUCCCCAGCCACUAGGCCAGACUCUAUGAAGAAACCACAGAGAGAGAUUCAUGUGCCUCUCAGGUAGCAUGGGGAAGCUG